AUGCGCAACGCCGCGGCAAACAUAGGCCUCGCCCUCCUCGCCGGGCUCUCGCCUCGCGGCGGCGCGGCGGCGAUGAUGUUGGAAACGCCUGCCGCGGCCCAUUUCGAAGCCUCGCCGUGGUUCGACUGGGGCUGGCACGGCGCCUACCCGCGUCAGAGCUACCGCUCCUUCGGUGCGCAGUCGCCGAAGCCCAACCUACUGCGGCGCAGCGAUGAGUGCGACGGAAGCGGCCUCGUCUUCGUCGAGCCGCGUGGCGUCUACGUCGAAGCCCCGGGGCCCGUCAUCCUCGACAACGACGGCAACCUCGUCUGGACCGAGACGAGAUGGGGGCAAGCCGUCGACCUCAAGGUCCAGCGGUACCGGAAUCACGAUUACAUCACCUUCUGGCACGGUACCGAGGGCGCCCCCAACGCCGACGGCGGCUAUGUAAUGCUUGACCAGUCGUACCAGAUCUACAAGACGAUCCGACCCGUCGGCAACUUUGACGGCGACGCCCACGAGUUUCGCAUCACCGCCGACGGCACCGCUCUCCUCUCCAUCCGCAAGGAGGCCCGGGCGCCGGCGACGGGUGACGCCAUCUACGACAGCAUCUUCCAAGAGAUCGACAUCGACUCGGGUGCUCUGCUCUUCGAGUGGCACGCCUCGCACCACUUCGCCGUCUCCGAGAGCAAGGCGAGGCCCGCGCCCGACGGCGGCCCCGUUGAUUUCUUCCACCUCAACAGCAUCGACAAGGGCCCCGACGGCAACUACCUCGUCUCCUCGGAGCACCUCGGCGCCGUCGCCUGCAUCAGCCGCGGGGAUGGCCACGUCGUCUGGCAGCUCGGCGGCGCCCACAACGACUUCGAGGACCGUUCCGAAGGCGAGGCCACGGCCUUUGUCUCGAACCGGCACGCCACCUGGCUCGGGAACUCGACGACGCUCACCCUCCUCGACAGCGGUGCCGCCGGAGGCAGCCGCGGCAAGAUGAUCGAGCUCGACGUCGUCGGCCGCACGGCGACGCUCGUCGGCGCCUACCGCGAGCCCCGGGGGCUCAACGCCCACGGCGGCUCCGUCCAGGUCCUGCCCGGCGACAACGUCCUCGUCGGCUGGGAGGGCGCCGCCGGCUACACCGAGUUCUCGCCGGACGGCGACGUCCUCUGCGACACGCGCCUCGCCCCACGCCUGUUUGCGAACCUCGGCUGGGUGACCAACUACCGCGCCUCGAAGCACCGCUGGGUCGGCCGGCCCAGCACGGUGCCCGACCUGGCCAUGCGGCCGGACGAGGACGCCGUGUACGUGAGCUGGAACGGCGCGACCGAGGUCGACGCCUGGGUGCUGCAGAGCGGGCCCGACCGCGACGGCACGACGUUUGUCGACCACUACGUCGUCGACAAGGUGUCCUUCGAGACGCGCAUCCCCAUCCCGCGCCACACGGAGGAGUACAUCAGGGUCGUCGCCCUCGACGGCGACUGGAGGUUCCUCGCGCACUCGCACGUCGUAUCCAAGCACAGCCGGACCGUCGCGAGGCCGCUCUUCGCGCCCCUGCGGAGGCCGACCCCCCAACCGCUGACGCUGCUCGUCUGGGCCCUGGCGGGACUUGCCAUCGCCACGGCCGCCGUCUACCGCCACGUGACCCUGUGCCGCAGGCGGCGGUACCUGCGUCUGCUGCGGCAGGAGACGCCGGCGCACGAGUACAAGUCGGCGCCGAAGAGCUGA